AUGGAGGGAUGCAGGGCGCACCGACACCUAUACCUGUGCGUGCCCGGUGGUUAAGGGAGGCUGCGGGCGCCGUGGCCGGUCCACCCAGCAGAACGGCGCAGGGCCGCGGGAAGCUGCUCUGGAACCCACCUCUCCCUCCCAUAAGACCACACCAGAGAGCCGGGCACAAGAUGAACCAGCAUCCUAUUGGCCCACAAUGCUCCAGACCAUCCGACUGAACCCCGAGAGUCCCAAAAUGUCUGCGUGCAGUGACUUUGUGGAGCACAUCUGGAAGCCCGGGUCCUGUAAGAACUGCUUCGGCUUGCGGAGUGACCACCAGCUCGCAGCUGGCCGUCCCCAGCCCAGAGCAGGCAGCCUGCCCCCUCCGCCUCGCCUGCCCCCCAGGCCUGAGAACUGCCGCCCAGAAGAUGAAGGUGUGAAUGGCUCUGGCUACUCCAAACCCACCAUCGCUGUAAAGCCCACCAUGAUGAGCUCUGAAGGCUCCGAUGUGUGGACUGAGGCCAGCCUGAGCACUGAAGUCCCACAGGUCAUCUGGAGACGAACUCCAGGCAAGCUCCAGCUCCCAAAGAAGGAAGAUGUACCAGUAGUUUACCUGGGCAGCUUUCGUGGAGUGCAGAAGCCUUCCGGUCCCCCUGCCUGCACAGAUGGCAACCCUCGCUGCCCCCCAGCCUAUGCCAUGGUCGGGCUGCACAGCCUAGAGGCCCGAGGGGAGAGGAACACCACUUUCCACCCAGUGAGCUUCCCAGAGGAGAAAGCUGGGAGGGACAAGAAACCCUUAUUACCCUACCAGGAGCCACCCUUGGCUCAGGACAGCUUCCGCCAGAAGCUGGCAGCCUUUACUGGGAUGACAUCUGGCUGCCACAAGGGCCCCAGGCCCUGCCCUUCUCCACAGCCCCUGCAGGGGGAGUCUCUGCCCUCCGAGGAUGACAGUGACCAAAGGUGCUCUCCCUCAGGGGACAGUGAAGGUGGCGAAUACUGCUCCAUUCUGGACUGUUGCCCAGGAGGUCCUGCCAUCAGUGACGCUGUGGAUGGCUCCCGGGGUAGACUAGGUGGAGGGGACUGCAUGCCUGAAUGCUGGGAGCAGGGGACAUGUGCAGGGCCCCAGCAGGAAGAGAAGCAGGUCCUGAGUGUCCCCAGGGAGUGUUGUGUGCAGGGCCCCACAGCAACCCCACCCCGCCUGCGUCCCAAGAACCCGUCCCUUACCUCAGAGGCUGCCAGUUCCGAUGGUCUGUCCUGUGUCAGUGGUGGUAGCAGUGGAGCCAGCAGCCCCUUGGCUCCCCACCUGGAGAGUGAUUACUGCUCCCUCGUGAAGGAGCCUGCCCCGGGGAAGCAGCCCGACUCUGGCUGCCAUGUGGCCACAUCUAGCAAAUGUCCAGGCAUACCUGAGGAGCCCCAGCCCCUGGCCCAUCCCAGAGAGGCUCUGCAGCCAGAACCCAUCUACGCGGAGAGUAGCAAGAGGAAGAAGGCAGUUCCUUCCGCCAAGGCAGAGCAGGCAGCUGCGGCUCAGGCCCUGGGCCAGCAUCAGGUAUGGACGGGUGAUGCCAGGGUUCAGAAAACAUCCUCUGGCUGGGGCCAAGGCAGGGACAGCCCAGACGUGGCUCCCCAUGUGGCAACCACUAUUACAGUCAUAGCUGCCCACCCAGAAGAGGACCACCGGACCAUCUAUCUGAGCAGCCCAGACUCUGCGGUGGGGGUGCAGUGGCCACGUGGGCCUGUGGGCCAGGACCUGGAGGCCAGUGAAGAGGAACCUGCAACUGGGCAGGGGCGGGGCUCCAAGGAAAGCCAUCCUCACGAUGUGACUGAGAACACACCCAAGGGGAGGCCUGCCAUUCCUCCCAAACUAUCCAAAAGUAGUCCUGGAGGGUCCCCAGCAUCACCAUCUACCUCCCCUCUGGCUGACCUCGGUGAGGGGAGCUCAGGUGGCAGCAGCACUGGACCCCAGCCUUUAUCUCGAAUCCCGGCUGACCUCACUUCUUCCUGCCAGACGGACUGUGUUGCUGCCAAUGACUCUGCCAAGUGCCCCUCACCUGCCACUUCCUCUUCAGCUUUGGACCAGAGGCGACCUAAGUACCAGACUGGAGCCUGGAGUCGUCAGUGCCGGAUAGAGGAAGAGGAGGAGGUGGAGCAGGAGCUGUUGAGUCAAAGCUGGGGGAGAGAUGUAGAGAGCUGCACCAAGAACCACUCAAACUCCUCUGGGCAGAGUUGCAAGGCUGGAACUGGUAUGAGCAAAUCAGCCUCUUUUGCCUUUGAGUUCCCGAAGGACAGAAGUAGGGUGGAGAUGUUCUCACCUCCUCCUCCACCUCCAAAGUCAAGGCACCUUUUAAAAAUGAACAAGAGCAGCUCUGAUUUGGAAAAAGUGAGCCAGGGCUCUGCCGAGAGUCUCAGCCCAUCCUUCAGGGGUGUCCAUGUCAGCUUCACCACAGGCUCCUCGGACAGCCUGGCCUCGGACUCCAGGACCUGCAGCGAUGGAGGUCCAUCGUAUGAGCCCACCCACUCACCCACCAUCAAUGGGAAGAAGCUCUUUGCUCCUGUACCCUUCCCUUCAGGCUCCACGGAGGAUGUGUCACCCAGUGGGUCUGUACAGCCUCCCCCACUGCCCCAGAAAAAGAUAGUGAGUCGGGCAGCCUCUUCACCCGAUGGCUUCUUUUGGACCCAAGGUUCCCCCAAGCCACGGACAGCAAGUCCGAAGCUCAACCUAAGCCACUCGGAAACCAACGUCUGUGUUCAUGAUGAGGCCCCCUUUAGCUAUUCCUUGGGCUCUGGGAACCGCCACCACCACAUCUUCUCCUCCUCUGAGCCUUUGGAGAAGGCUUUCAAAGGCAGUGGCCCCUGGGCCCCAAUGCUGGGGCUGGCAGGCAACAAAGGGGGCUGUGGGAGCCCUAGCCUCCAGUGCAGAGCAGCCACGUCCGCCUCGUCCUCCCAGCUGAGUGUGUCCAGCCAGGCCUCCUCGGGCAGCACCCAGCUGCAGCUCCACAGCCUGCUGAGCAGCAUCAGCAGCAAGGAGGGCACCUAUGCCAAACUCGGUGGGCUCUACACGCAGUCCUUGGCCCGUCUGGUCACUAAGUGUGAGGACCUCUUCAUGGGUGGCCAGAAAAAGGAGCUGCGCUUCAACGAGAAUAACUGGUCACUCUUCAAGCUGACUUGUAACAAGCCCUGUUGUGACUCAGGGGAUGCCAUUUACUACUGUGCCACAUGCUCUGAAGACCCCGGCAGCAUCUAUGCCGUAAAAAUCUGCAAAACCCCUGAGCCCAAAACAGCCUCAUACUGCAGUCCCUCUGUGCCCGUGCACUUCAACAUCCAGCAAGACUGCGGCCACUUUGUGGCAUCAGUGCCCUCCAGCAUGCUGACCUCCCCUGACACUACUUCCAAGGACCCUCUGCCUGGCCCACCCUCACACCCCCCUGCCCAGGAGCAGGACUGCGUGGUAGUCAUCACCCGAGAGGUGCCUCACCAGACGGCCUCGGACUUCGUGCGGGACUCGGCCGCCAGCCACCGGGCCGAGCCCGAGGCAUACGAGCGGCGAGUGUGCUUCCUGCUCCUGCAGCUGUGCAACGGGCUGGAGCACCUGAAAGAGCACGGCGUCAUCCACCGGGACCUGUGCCUGGAGAACCUGCUGCUGGCGCACUGCAGCCCGCCGGCACCCCCGGCGCCCUCCUCCUCGGCCACCCCAGCCCCGCCCACCGCACCCUCGGCCACGCCCCCAGCGGCCCCGGCCUGCCAGGGUGGGCCGGGGGACAAGCACUUGCCCAGGCUCAUCAUCAGCAAUUUCCUGAAGGCCAAACAGAAGCCAGGCGGCACCUCCAACCUGCAGCAGAAGAAGAGCCAGGCCCGGCUGGCCCCCGAGAUCGUGUCUGCCUCUCAGUACCGCAAGUUUGACGAGUUCCAGACGGGCAUCCUCAUCUACGAGCUGCUCCACCAGCCCAACCCGUUCGAGGUGCGCGCGCAGCUGCGCGAGCGCGAGUACCGGCGGGAGGACCUGCCUCCGCUGCCCGCGCUGUCCCUCUACUCGCCCGGCCUGCAGCAGCUGGCGCACCUGCUGCUCGAGGCUGACCCCAUCAAGCGCAUCCGCAUCGGCGAGGCCAAGCGGGUGCUGCAGUGCCUGCUGUGGGGGCCCCGGAAGGAGCUGGUGGAGCAUCCUGGCACCUCGGAAGAGGCGCUGAGCAGCACGCUGCACAACUGGAUCGACAUGAAGCGGGCCCUGAUGAUGAUGAAGUUCGCAGAGAAGGCUGUGGACCGCAGGCGAGGGGUCGAGCUGGAGGACUGGCUUUGCUGCCAGUACCUGGCCUCUGCAGAGCCCGGGGCUCUCUUACAGUCGCUGAAGCUGUUGCAGCUCCUGUGAGCAAAGCCUCCAGCAUUGCCAUUACCUGCUUCCAUGCCCACUCCGUGCCCUGGCCUUGCCUGCAUUCAGGUCGCCCUGGGAAAUGGUACAAAUGACUCGUACUUGGAUGUAAUAUUUUAUAUAUAUAUAUAUAUAUACAUACACACAUACAUAUAUACUAUACAUAUAUAAUAUAAAUAUGAAAGACUGAGAAGGUCAUGUCACAGCCCCUCACGCCUCAGCAAGCCUCCCUUCCCUGUUUUCUCUUGUAAUUAUGUACAUUUCUAGCUCCGUGCAAUGUCCUGGGGACAGAUUUGCCAACAGAAUGAAGCUUGGACUCUGGACUCACUUACCCCAUUAUGGAGUCUCCCUCACCAUCUUGUCAAAUUGUUAUUUAAAAAACAACCACCAUAAUAAAAAAGUUCCAUUAAAAAGUU